CAAAUCCGACCAAACGCACUUUACGCACAACCCUACCCUGAUCCACACACACCAGGACUCACGGCUCGGCUUUGUGACCAAAAACAACCCGGCAGUGUGAGUUUCUCCUCGGCGUCCACGCAGUGCAUUUGCUGUGGAACACCCUGCAGAGGCGGAGAUGGUUCGGUCUGUAGUAGGUGGGACUGUGAGCGGUCUGCAGCAGGACGUCGUAGAUCAAUGAACCGGACCGGAGGGCUGGUCCAUCUCCUGCUGUGGAUCUGACUGUAUAGAUGUGUCAGGACCUAUGCAGGACCGACGGCUUUACAAGCUUUACUAGUGUUAACCAGCUCGAUCACUAUGCGGAUGCUUUAAAUCUAGUGUUUUUUUAUUUUAUUUUUUUUUAGACUCGUCCGGUUUGAUUCCGUCUGCGCUCAUCCGCGUUGCGCGUCCUUGGAUCGAAUUAGGAAAUUAAAACCAUACUGAGAUCUGUAACCUCCAGGACAGGAUGAUCUUUGCAAAUACAGGCAACCCGCUGAAGACAGCCAAUCGCAAGCAGUCUUACCCCAUGACUCCGUCCAGUCCCAGCAGCAGCAGCAACAGUAGCAGCACAGGCCUGGAGCAGCUCAGCAAAACCAACCUGUACAUCCGCGGCCUGCCUCCUGCCACUACAGACCUGGACCUGGUCAAGCUCUGUCACCAGUAUGGCAAGAUUCAGUCAGCAAAGGCGAUCCUGGACAAGACAACCAACAAAUGUAAAGGUUACGGCUUUGUGGACUUCGACAGCCCAGCGGCUGCUUUAAAGGCAGUACAUGCUCUGAAAACCAGCGGCAUCCAGGCGCAGAUGGCCAAGCAACAGGAACAAGACCCUACAAACCUCUAUAUUUCCAACCUGCCUCUGUCUGUGGAUGAGAAGGAGUUAGAAAACAUGCUGCAGCCGUUUGGCCAGGUCGUCUCCACACGCAUCCUUCGAGACUACAGCGGCAACAGCCGAGGCGUGGGCUUCGCAAGGAUGGACACCACAGAGCAGUGUAACGCAGUGAUUUCCCACUUCAACGGCAAAUUUAUCAAGAUAGCCUCUGGAGCUCUGGCUCCGUCGCAGCCUUUGCUGUGUAAGUUUGCAGACAGUCAAAGAAAGAAACAUGCUCACAGUGGAUUUGUUCCCAAUGGACAAACAGGAGAUCUGAGAUUAGGUGCAAUGACUCUUACCUAUGACCCCUCCUCAGCAGCGAUACAGAAUGGGUAUUACCCCUCUCCGUAUCCAGUGUCCAACAGGAUAAUGACUGUGCAGCCUGCUAUGUCUCCGUACAUGUCUCCGGUCUCUGCUUACCAGGUACAGAGUCAUUCUUGGAUGGCGCACCAACCAUACAUCAUGCAACACCCGUCUGCUGUGAUGUCGCCCUCUGUGGAUCCGUCUAUGUCACUGCACCCAACAGCCAUGAUUACUCAGCAGAUGGGCCAGCUGUCACUGGGAAACACUGGAGCGUACAUUGCUGCCAACCCUGGUGUCCAAGGAGCGUACAUGCCUCAGUAUCCUCCCAUGCAGGCAGCACCUGAAAAUGGCACGCCACAGCAAGUGGAUUCUUCCAACAACUCAUCUCCUUACAGUCAACUCAGCAAGUAAUCAGAGGCUUUCUUACGUCUUCAUGAGCCAGAGGGCAGGUGGGAAGUUGCUGAUGACGCCACAGUGAUAACAGUCACGGCCUUCUCCGAUUGGACCAGACAACUUGAACUUUUUGCACAGCCCCAACUUUUGAGGUGGAAAAUGAGGACAGUGUAAAUGGACUAGAGCAGUUGGCAAAUCAUCCGGGAAAAAAAAGAAAAGAAAAGAAAAAACAAGAUUUAUUUUGAUAAAAAAAAAAAAAAAAACAUCACGCUCAACUUUUUCUCUUUUUUCAAGGAUUCUCAAAAAAAAUGCCAGAGGACAUUCUGCCAUCGCCCCAACAAUUAUGUGAUAUAAAAAUGCAUGAAAAUGAGAUAUUUUCCCCCCUAUUGUUUCUAUGGUUUUAUAGUUAUUUUCCUUGUGAUAUUUGAAAAAUCUUGCAAAAUCUUAUUUGCACUGAAGUUGAAAGUGUCAGAAAAGCUUCAUUUUGUUUUUCGAGUUGUCAUGAAACACCUUAAAGUAAUGGUUCAACUGCACAUGACAACUGUUACAGGUGGCUUUCAUUACAAAAUUUAUUAUUGGAAAAGGUGCCUUCCUUACAUCACAUUCUCCAAUAUUUUUCAUUGAACUUGAUCAGGUGACGUGUCUAUCUGACUGAUCCAAUAAUGUGUGCGUGUGAAAUCAUGGAGAUUCCCAGUGGGUGUUUCGCUAUCUAGUCUCCUGGUAGCAAUAAAGAAAAACGAGAGUCCCAGGGCAAUACAGAAAAAAAGAACGGCGAUAAACUCAGAGCAAGCUAAUUCCUUAUUUUCCUCUGUCCUCUUUUUUUAAACUUCAAGACAAGACAUGAAACAAGAGCUGUACUUUUAUGAAAUUACAAGUUUUACACCGAACGGGCAUCUUUAAGGAGGAUUUUUUUUCUCUUGUGGUCAGUUUGACCAAUGAUCUACCUCAUGAUUCUGGGUCUGCUGGUGCUGUGGGGUUUGCAGGUAAAGCCCUUUCACCAUAGACAGCGCAGAACAGUAGCCACGCUCAGGAGCUGGCUAUAUAGGACUUCUUUCAUAUGUUUCCCACAUGCAGCAUUUCUCUUCCUGAUUUUCAAGCAGACGUCGUGCUUUGCCUCAUCUUUAUUCGUCCUCUCUUCCUUUUGGGUGGUUUUUUUUUCCCUCUCUUCAAAGUUCUUUAGUUGUGAUGCUUUAUUUUUAGAAACUAAUAGUGAAACAUCUUCUUGCUUUUUCUUAAUUUAGUUGGUUUACAAUGUGCUUAACCCAAACGAGCGCAAACUUACACGCGUUCAUUUGAUGCUUUUUUUUUCUGCCUUUGCCAUUUUAGCCAGAUUUUAGAUGACACACCACUGUCCCUUAUCUGUUUCAUCUUUCAAAAAAAAAAAAAAAGACUCAAAGUCUCUCUACAGAUACACUUCUGCUUCUGGGAAACUCUCCAAAAAAAAAAAAAAAAAAAAAAAAAAAAAGACUAAAAUUGAAAUAAACCUAAAUUUUAGUCACUUGGUUUUACAGCCACCUGAUAAAUGCCAAACAAAUGUACUGUUUGGAAAAAUGGAACAGUAACUGAAACAAUAUGUAAGAAGUACUUAAAGAGCAACAGUAGUUCAUUUAAUACACAUAAUUGGUCAAGUCACAUGAGAAGUGAUGCCUGACAAAUAAAGCUUGUGAUUAAACACGCGACUUGUAAAUGAAUUUAUAUUCAGGGCCAAAAAUGGAAAAUAAGAGACUUUUAUUUUUUUGUUUGUUCUUAAAUCUGACCAUUUCUUUUGUAAAAACUCUAAUAUUAGACCUUGUCAAAACACGGUCAACGCUAAAAGGUUGUGGUGCUUUACCCAAUCAGUUGUACUGUGGCUUUAAAUGCCCACAAUAGGACACAGACAGUACAAGCCAGACCUGUAAAGCACUGUUUUCCCCUUUUAAGCAUGUAUUGCUAAAUGAAAAAAAGAAAAAAAAAAAAAAUCUUACGUACAUGUUCUCCUCAUUACUUCCCCUGUCAUGUUCAACUGAUUCUCAAACAAUCCUCUCCUCGCUCUAUCCUUUGAAAACAUUGAAAUAAAAACAGUGCUGAAUAAAAGGCUCUUCUCUUUCUCA